AUCUGCAACCACAGCAACAGCUCAAAUUCUCAUAGAUUCCAAGGAAUAUUCAAUACCAGAACUCAAUAUGAACUUCUACAAGGUCUUCAUCUUCGUUGCGCUCAUCCUGGCCAUCAGCUUGGGUCAAUCCGAGGCUGGUUGGUUGAAGAAGAUUGGCAAGAAACUUGAACGCGUUGGCCAGCACACUCGGGAUGCCACCAUCCAGGGAUUGGGCAUUGCCCAACAGGCUGCGAAUGUGGCCGCCACGGCCAGAGGCUAAAUUUAUCGACAAGUCAUAUUUAUUUAUUAAAAAAUUAUUUACAUAGUUGUAGUGUUUUAAAGUAAAAAAUAUAAUUUUAAAUGUAUUUAACACAAAACAUA